GUGAGGGGUCGGCCGGGCAUCUACCGCCUUUGCUUCUGCCGCCCCGUUCCCGAAGUGGACAACUGCACCUUGGCGGAGCAUUUCACCCAGGGCAUUGGCUUUAUGGUGUUGGCUGGGCCUCUGGAGAAGGUCACAGCUUGCCCGGUGGGCUCGGAUUGCACUGUGGACCUCUUGGGCUCCAACUUGGCGAUCGGUGAUCAGGUCUCGGUGGUUACGGGUGGCUGUGGCGUCGCUUCACCCGAGUCAAUGGCCACUUUGGGCUUCCCGAGCUGGACAUCAGUGGUCAGCGUCACGAAGAGUGGAGCACAGUUUCAGGCUGCGUUGGGUGUACCGCCGUUGGACGGCACACCCGGCACGUACAUUCUGUGCUGGUGUGCAGCCAGUGCAGACUGUUCUUUCCCAGAAGCCUUCGUGCUGGCCGGACAGUUGCAGAUCACAUGUCCACCCGGUCGCUACACCGUGGGGCAGUCAACAGGUCGGAAGUGUCGACCGUGCACCAGAGGCUACCAUUGUGCCGGUGGACUGGUGGAUGUCGCAGUGCGGCUUCCCUGUGCUCUCCAUCACACCACAAAGUCAAGUGGUGCGGUCACAAAGGCGGCCUGCGAGUGCGCAAGCGGAUACCGCCUCGCUGAUGACUUGCGUCAGUGUGUGAGCUGCGAAGUUGGCUUCUACAAACACGACGUCAGCAACGCGCGAACAUGUACACCUUGUCCGGAAGGCUUGACAACCUACAUGCGGGGCUCCAUAUCGAACGCGUCUUGCAUCGAGCGACCUCAGAUUGUCGACGACAAUGUCACCAUGGCCCCUACUGAGGAGAGCAUUAGCAAUGAGUCCACCGUGCCGGCUGUGGUGUUGAGCAUCGAGCUUUCGGACCUUCUCGCGGAGGCGCAGAGCAACGAGUCGCUGUCCGAACUCCAAGCGAUACUUCUUGAUGCCAUCUCUGGUAUUCUUGGAGGUGGUCAAGAAGCGCUGUCCUUGGAAUUUCUGCCUGCGACUGAGCGGCGGCUGGCGGCCGGCAGCAUGCGACUGGCCGUUACCAUCAAGUAUCGCACCAUGGACGAGGCAAAGCUGACGCUUCAAGACUUCGAUGCUUCCACGCUGCACGUAGCAGAUGUAGCAUAUGCAGCGGGGUGGGCACAUCAAGAGGUUCCGUUGGGAUGUCGUGGAAUUAUGGGCUAA